CAUUCUCCUCGGUCCUCGCCGCGGGCAGCGGGCGGCGGCGGAGGCAGCGCGCCGCGGUCGCCGGGAGCAGGGAGCCCAGGGCGCCCGCUCCUCGGCGCAGCAUGUUUCAGCCGGCGCCCAAGCGCUGCUUCACCAUCGAGUCGCUGGUGGCCAAGGACAGUCCCCUGCCUGCCUCGCGCUCCGAGGAUCCCAUCCGUCCCGCGGCGCUCAGCUACGCCAAUUCCAGCCCCAUAAAUCCGUUCCUCAACGGCUUCCACUCUGCUGCCGCCGCCGCCGCCGCCGGCAGGGGCGUCUACUCCAACCCGGACUUGGUGUUCGCCGAGGCGGUCUCGCACCCGCCCAACCCCGCCGUGCCGGUGCACCCGGUGCCUCCGCCGCACGCCCUGGCCGCCCACCCCCUGCCUUCCUCGCAUUCGCCACACCCCCUCUUCGCCUCGCAGCAGCGGGACCCGUCCACCUUCUACCCCUGGCUCAUCCACCGCUAUCGAUAUCUGGGUCAUCGCUUCCAAGGGAACGACACGAGUCCUGAGAGUUUCCUUUUGCACAACGCUCUGGCCCGAAAGCCUAAGCGGAUUCGAACCGCCUUCUCGCCAUCCCAGCUUUUAAGGCUAGAGCACGCCUUUGAGAAGAACCAUUACGUGGUGGGAGCGGAAAGGAAGCAGCUGGCGCACAGUCUCAGUCUUACGGAAACUCAGGUAAAAGUAUGGUUUCAGAACCGGAGAACAAAAUUCAAAAGACAAAAGCUAGAGGAAGAAGGCUCAGAUUCUCAACAGAAGAAAAAAGGGACACACCACAUUAACCGGUGGAGAAUCGCUACCAAGCAGGCGAGUCCGGAGGAAAUAGAUGUGACCUCAGACGAUUAAAAGUACAAACCUAAUCCCACAGAAAUGGACAGCAUGGAGCAAGAGAGACAGGGAGAGGAGGGGAAGAAAAACCCUACAAAACAAAAACAAACUGCACACACAUUCACCGAGAAAGGGAGAGAGGGAAUCAGAGCAGUGGCGGCGCUCGCAGCAGACUUUGGACAGCGAGGGCAAUGGACCGGGAACCGGCGCCGGGCACCGCUUAUGGGACGGCAGAGGACGGAGGCCCCUUCAUCAACAUGCAACCUUCGUCUAAAGAGGCAGCUGAGUGAGUGAGAGAGACAGAGACUGGG